AAUAAAAAAGAAAAUAUUAUUAUGCUGUGUGCUCAAUUAUGAAAUACUACGGGAUUUCCUUUCGAGAUUCUCUCAACAUGUACUGCAGAGAACAAUGAUGGUGUCACAGCAGAGAUACUGGAACAAAUACCGUAAAUACAAAUUCAAAGAGGCCAUUCCAAGUUCCAACAACUGAUCGGAUUAGCAAACUGAGAUUAUAUAAAUGCUGUCCAGCCAGCACUAAUGUAUGAAAACAGUGUAUUUUACACACACAAAAUAGCUAGAAUGAUUAACAAAAUAAUUAUCAAACUGAAACGCCGGCGGAUACUAACAUGCGUCGUCUUGGUGAUUCUUUGUGGCUACGUGGUGCUACAGACGCCCCUGUCCCCAGACCUUUACUUUAUCCACUGGGAUUCUUUAGAAGAUAUAUCGUGCCAUUACAUAGAGCUAGACAAUACUUUACCACGAGCGGAGAGCGAAGAGUUUCAGCCGCCAUCCCGCUCAAUAUUUUUUCACGAAACGUCUUGCAAAGGAGACUUGGAUGCUAGACAAGCCUGUGCCGUGGAGUCCGCGGCCCGCGCUCACCCUGGAUGGCAGAUAAACGUUCUAUUCGCCGCUCCUGUGCAUAAAAACGCUAUGAAAAAUGGAAGUCUAUCAGUAUUAGCUAACUUUACAAAUAUUAGAUUAUCUAGAGUACAUAUAACGAAUUACGCUAAAGGAACUCCUUUGGAGAGUAUGGUUUCGGGCGGUGCUUUGAACAGGACACGGUGGCGUAUAUCGCACACGUCUGAUGUGCUUCGGUAUUUAUCUUUAUACAAGUUUGGGGGGGUGUAUUUGGACUUGGAUGUGGUGGUGGCGAAGGCGCUGGACCCGCUGGUGAGGAACUGGGCGGCGAGGGAGACAGACACGGCGGUGGCUGCUGGAGCCCUGGCGUUUUCGAGGGACAAGCUUGGGAGGAGCGUUGCUGAGGCGGCCAUCAUGGACGUGAAGAACAACUACAGAGGCGACGACUGGGGCAACAACGGUCCUGGUGUGAUCACGCGCAUCCUCAAGAAGCAGUGCUCGACCAGCAACCUCAGCCAAAUGUCCGCCGCUACUUGCAACGGUUUCGAGGUGUACGGUCCCCAGUUCUUCUACCCGGUGGUAUACUGGCGAGGCUGGGAAUACUUCGUGCCGGGCGAAAUUAAACUAGAAGACACCGCCUACAUUUUCCACGUAUGGAACAAGCUGACAGGUGACCUCACAAUACACAAGGACUCUCCUUAUGCUAAAUUAGCAAGGAAAUAUUGCCCCAGCGUUUAUAAUUUAUAUGGCAAAGACUUUUUACUACCUGUUCAAAAGAAGGCGUGA